GAGUGCAAAAUAGACAACUGGUUUGUACGAGUUCGUGAAAAAGAUAUUGGAUAUUGGGAGUGCUACGGCGGGACUGUCGUUCAAAUUCCCUCUCAUAUACGGCUGUGUUGGUGCUCCGAUUGCCCAUGUCGAACUACCGAUUGCUCAAACGCUUGGUCCACGUCGGGAGGAGGAAGCUUAAGAAGUUUGAACAGCAAAGCCCAGAAUGGGAGUUCAGUUUUGCUGUUGGUACCAUUGUCUUUCCACUUGUGUUUGGUGUGUCAUUCGCUCCGUGUCGCAAUAUUGACCCUCCAAGCCUCGAGCACUGUGAAUAUAAUAAACCUUUGUACAUAGUUUUUUCAAAUAAACAAGAUUUUGACUUACGUAGUCUUUUGCUGUCGAUUUCGGUGACUUGUAUGGUCAAUUUGAAUAUCGUGGAGUAA